AUGGCCUCCCUAAUCUUUCUCGUCCUUGUGUUUUCACCAUAUGGGGCUCUUCUUUCUCUUGCCUUCCAAUUGAUUUCGUGUCCAGUCCGCGCAAGUGAUGAUACCGACUAUGAUAUCGGCGAAGCGUUUGAGAAUGUACCAAAUCCACCGUCUGAUGCUGGGAAUUACGGCGAGGUAACAUCGUCACAACAAAAUUCAAGCUAA